GGCCAGGGCCAGUCUCUACAUCGAACACUUCGUUCAGACGGCGGCGGCGGCCAUGGCCUCUGCUGCAGGGUCUGAGGAGGCGUGCAGGGAGAUCCGCCGCACGUGCGGCGCGCCGCGGCGCCUGGGCCUCCUGCUGGCUCCGCGGAGCCCCGCCGAGAGGCAGCAGAUCAGGGCGGCGUACCGUGCCAGGUUCGGCGAGGACCUCGCCGCGACGCUGCACGGCACCCUGGCGGCCCCCAACACCAACCAGGUGGACGAGCUCUCCAAGCUGCUCUACCUGUGGGCGCUGGAGCCGGCGGAACGGGACGCGGUCGUGGCGCGGGAGGCGGUCGAGGGCGGCGUGACCGCGGCCGGCUACCGCGCCCUCGUCGAGGUGUUCACGCGCCGGAAGCAGGACCAGCUCUUCUUCACCAAGCAGGCCUACGCGGUCAGGUUCAGGAGGAGCCUGGACCAGGACAUGGCCACCGAGCCGUCUCACCCUUACCACAGGCUGCUGCUGGCUCUCGCGGCGUCCCGCAGGUCGCACCACGACGACCUCAGCCAGCACGUGGCGAAAUGCGACGCGAGGAGGCUGCACGACACCAAGAACAGCGGCGCUGGUGCUGGUUCUGGUUCCGUCGUCGACGAGGCUGUGAUCCUCGAGAUGUUCAGCAAGAGGAGCAUCCCGCAGCUCAGGCUGGCCUUCUGCAGCUACAAGCACAUAUAUGGGCAUGACUACACCAAGGCACUGAAGAUAAACGGGUCUGGCGAAUUCGAAGGACCCCUCAGAGUCGUUGUCAAGUGCAUCUACAACCCUUCCAAGUACUACUCCAAGUUACUGCACAGAAGUAUGCUACCCGCAGCGACUGAUACGAGGAUGGUAACGAGGGCUAUCUUGGGCAGCGAUGAUGUCGGUAUAGACGAGAUCAGAUCAGCGUUCCAGAGUAGUUACGGGAAGAGCCUCGCAGAAUACAUCCAAGAAAACUUGCCUGGGAGUGACUACAGGGAUUUCCUCGUGGCUGUGGCGAGUGCGUCAGUGGCACAAUGAGGUUGUCCAUGCUUGUAGUUGUAGCAGAGGCAUCCCUGAGUUGUCCAUGGAAGAAAAGGAAAGAAAAAACACUGUUUUGCACGCUGCAAAAGUAAGUCGAACAAGGAAAACAGCAGUCUCAUGUGUGGGAUUUCAGUUUGUUAUACCAUUUUAUUUACAAUUGCUAGGCUCGACGGUGGAACUACCAGAUCUCAUAUGCAAAAAAAAAAAAGAUGAAGAUAAGCUUAUUGCAGAGCACUAUAUUUCAGACAUCAGGUCAGAUGAGCUUCAUCUUUCGGAAGUACUGUUGUAGAUGCCACAGCUGUAAAACAGAGACUGCAAUGCAAACAACAAGAGACAGCAUGCUCA